AUGGAUGCUGAGAGAGCUGCAGCUGGUACAGCAAGGCCCACUGGGGCACAGGGGAGCCGGGACCUGGCUGAGGUGCGGAAGUGCCAUCCUCCUCAAUUCAAGGGAGAUGCAGAUCCAGAGGUGGUUGACCCCUGGAUUUGUGAGCUUGAGAAGGUCUUCACCAUGCUGGGAUGUUCUCAAGAGAGGAGGCUAGCAUACGCGGUGUACAUGCUUGUUGGGGAAGCCGAGCAUUGGUGGAGGGGCACCCAUCAUAUGCUAACUACCAGAGGGGUGGUUGUUGACUGGGAAUGUUUCAAAAGGAUGUUCUUGGAGAAAUAUUUUCCUGAGUGUGUGAGACAUGCCAAGGAAGCUAAGUUCAUGCGCUUACACCAAGGAGGGAUGACCGUUUCCGAGUAUGCGAUGAAAUUCGAGCACCUAGCUCGUUUUUAUUCGCAAGGUAUAGCCGAGGCCUGGAAGUGUCAGAAGUUUGCUGAGGGACUGAAGUAUGAUCUGAAGAGGGUGGUGGUGCCAAUGGCCAUCACGGAGUUUCCAACCUUAGUGGAGAAGGCGAAGGUGGUUGAGCGGUUGGAGGGUGGUAACCGCGGGGUGAAGACUGCUGAGGGGCCAUCCGGGUCCAAGAAAGGAGGGAACCAAAGGAAGCCGUAUGAUAGGCCCCAACCGCAACAAGGAGGUCCUGUCAUCAGGCAACCUUCUGGUGCUGCUAGUGGAGGAGGACAGGGUGGAGGUGCUGUCCUUAGAUGUUACAGGUGUGGUGGGCCCCAUAUUAUCAGGGAUUGUCCCCACACAGAGAACCGGUGUUUCAGGUGCCAGCAGAUGGGCCAUGUGUCUUUCAACUGCCCCACCAGAAACAGACCGGAGAGGAGUGCUCAGAGGAGUGUUGCACAGAGAGGUGAUGCCCAGAGGGGUGACAAACCCACCACAGCUGGUAGGGUCUUUGCUUUGACAGGUGCUGAGGCUUCGACUUCUUCUGAUCUUGUGAAGGGGAAGGGCAGAGCUGCUGAUAAGGAUGUGGUGUUUUUGUUUGAUUCUGGAGCUUCUCACUCCUUUAUCUCUUAA